AUGUUCGCCAAGUGGCAGGAACUCUCUACGAAAUGGCCCACGCCGCCGACCAAACCAGCCAGGCAGCGAUUUUUGAUGGCAUACAAUGCUGCUUUCCAUGACGAAACCACGUGGGAUCCUAAAAGAGCAGAAGAAUUCUUGAUACAGGAGGAGAAGGAGUGGUUCCGUGGCCAGCAUAAGCUCUGGAAGCUUGUGCGGUGGUGUACGGGGAAGAAUCCCCCUAUUGAGGGUCCGGAAGAGCUUGCUAAGGCUGUAAGACCGGCUAUUGGAUUUUGGAUAUUUCCUCUAGAGGUUCUGGGAGAUAUUGAGCAAUCAUAUCCGGAAAAACAGACAUUCCCCUUGUCCAGCCACUGGCCAGAGUUGGCUCUGUUGUCGUUCUACUAACCGCGACUUUGUUUACAGGGUGCUCUGGGCUUUUGUUAGUC